AUGAUUACAAAUAUUCCUUACUCUACCCUAUAUUCUACCUAUCUCGCUCCCACAGUUCGAGCUUCUCCUGAUCUCAAGAUGCCAUUCAAGAGAUACAUGGAGAUCAGGAGGGUAGCUCUUAUCAACUAUGGUAAAGACUACAGGAAGCUUAGUGUCAUCGUCGAUGUCAUCGACCAUAACCGAGCUACCCUCGGGACCCCUGAUCUGUGGCUCAGACCGGCAAGUCGAUUAAAAGCUAGACCGAUAGUCAUUUUGGAUCCUGAUCAGUCAAUUAGUCCGGUUCCCUCGCCAUCAUCAGAUGACGCUCUCGUAGUUCUCCGGUUGCCGGCAUUGUCCAUUUUAAGGCGAUGGGCAAAAAAGGCUAUCGAAAAAAGAUCAAGGCGAUUGUCAUGA